AUGGCUUUCAACAAAUUAGCACCCGCUGUAGGGUUCAUCGUAGCACUGACGGCGUUCUGCCUCAGUGAUGCUGGAGCUUUGGUGCCACCAGGCAACUGCACGAGGGAGUGCGGUGGACUGGAGAUCCCUUACCCGUUUGGCAUCGACCUCGAGGAUGGCUGCCAACUUUCUGACCGCCGGCAAGGCUUCAAGCUACGCUGCCUAGACAGAGGGGGCCGUGGCAAGAGGCUAUAUUACAUCAACCAGGAGGUGCUGGAGAUCUCGCUGGAGCACGGCCAGGUCCGGUGGCUGAACAACAUCUCCUCCUACUGCUACAACGCCACCGCCGGGGAAAUGAAGGUCAACAGCCCGCCGUCGAACAUGGACCUGGAGGGCUCCAUCUUCCGGCUCUCCGACACCGCCAAUAAGUUCACCGUGCUCGGGUGCAAGACGCUCGCCUACAUCGGCGACACGAACAACAGCACAUCGUACACGGCCGUGUGCGGAGCCACGUGCAAGGACGGCAACCUCUCGCUGCUGACCAACGAUGUCGAUGAGUGCCUUGACCCAAAAAAUUGUGAAGGGACGUGCCACAAUAUCAUUGGAGACUUCAUCUGUUGUCCUCCGAGAACAAAAUAUGAUCCCAAAAAAAUGCAGUGCACCACUACCAAAAAGAAAACUCUCGUCAUAGGUGUUACCAUUGGGCUGGGUGCGGGCUUUGGAAUGCUACUUCUUGGCUUGAGUGGAAUGUCCAUCUCCUAUCGAUGGAAAAGAUGUGUCAAAAAACAACAGCGCAGGCUUUAUUUCCAGAAAAACCAAGGCCUUCUAUUGGAACAACUCAUAUUAUCAGAUGAAAAUGCAAGUGAUAGAACAAUGAUUUUCUCCUUAGAGGAGUUGGAGAAGGCAACAAACAACUUUGAUGAAACUCGUAUUGUAGGCCGUGGAGGACAUGGCAUGGUAUACAAAGGCAUCUUAUGA